AUGCAGAAAAAAAUAUUCAUAAUUUUUUGCCUAAUCUAUUUGUCUGCAAAGGAUCGAUUUAAUCCGUUCAGCAGAAUUAUUACUCUUUUGCAUAAUUAUUUUGACAACUUGGGCCUUCCGAUUGAGAGCCCUACAUGUGACGUUCCCGAUUGGAAUAGAAUUACUACAAAAUCGGUUCCUCAUGCCGCGGAUUUCAAAAAAUGGGCGUCUAUGGGGGUAGGAGCAUAUGCGGAACUAUUUGCAACACGGUGAAGCAAGGCUACUAUCCGCUUUUGUAUACAAGGAUCAAAUUUCGAUAGUCACAACUUCCGAGAAUAUCGACAGAAAGAGUGUAAAUUGUCGUUACUAUGAUUGUAAUCGGCAAGAAAUUUCUAAUUCUGCAUUCAACACAAUUGUGGCUCCGAUGGCUGUAAUUAACUGCCCGAGAAAAUUUGGCGCUGUUUACAUGAGUAUAAGUUUCAUGGAAGGCGACAAACCCCAUGAACCGAUUCCAUUGAUUUAUCGAAUUUACGAUGGUAACUUUCAUUAAAAACAUAUGCACACACUAGGCCAUAUUUUGUUGAAUAUCGUGUUUCUAGUGUUGUUGCAAACAUGUUACAUGAGUAAGAAUGUGAGAACUUUAGCAGGAUAAAUUUAUCUAACAUAAUAUUGUACAAACUUGUUUAUCAUUUUUCCUCUAUUAGUAUGGAAGCGCUCUUCUCUACUAGAACAGCAAUAUUUUGUGGAAACUUCAACAAACUUGUCAAUUUUGGGUGAAUUAUAUUUUAAAGUGAAAAAAUUGAUAAAAUAACAAAGUAGUAUGUAUUUUAUAUGAUUUAGACUGUUUCAAGUCAAAUUUUUUGACUUCUAGGGUUUCUCCUGACACAUUUUUCCCGAUGCCCGAAGUUUAGGUUUGUUUAGAAUUCCAGUCAAAACAUUUCUAAAAUCACUGAAAACGCGAUUUUGGAUACAAUUAUAGCCAACACUGAAUAUCCUUCAAAUAGUGUUGUUGAGAACCGAUCCAUGAACUGUCAGUAUGUGUCGGACCAUUAUACGAAUCCUAACUACGUGAAUCCGAAUUAGAAUCUCAGAUGAUGUUUUUGAAGUUCAACAAGACCACCGAAAUUGGCUGGUACAAUUUCAAGGGAAUCAUACGGUCUGAGUUAGUGUUUGUCCUAUUCUAUCAUUGGUCUUUUUGGCAAGAAACAAGUGUCCAUGUUGUGUCAGUUCCAAAAAGGAUUGCUCAUUUUAGACACUACCGUACAAUGGAUGUGAACGGUCUUAACGGGGAUUGGCUCAUACAUUACAAUGGAACACUGCAGGAAACACGUUUCAAUAAGAAAUUCGAAGAAAAACUGAUUAGGAAUGCUAAAGAAAAAGUGAAAUAUGUUUAUCAACGAAAAUAG